AAACAUAAACAAGUAUAGACAUAUCAUAUGAUAACUGUACUCAAUUAACAAUUGUUGACACAGAAUUGACACUCCCUCGAUUGAAUUCUUAUCUAUUUCACUAGAAUCUUCAUUAUUUAUAAAAUACUAGUCUGUUCACUUUACACCAACAUCGGACAUGAUGUGGACGUUAUUUUGUUACCUUAUGGGUUUACUAUACAUAUCAUCUACAGAUGGUAAACUCUACCUACAAGGUAUAAAUAAUGGAAAAUCAAUGCGAACAGAUGAAAGCAGGGAAGGCUGGUGGAUCAGAGAUUCUCCAAGAAGUGACAAAAUAUAUAAAAUGUCAUAUUCUAUAAGUCUUCAAUCCUUUGAAGAAUUUGAAAAUGAAAAUGACCUGAGAAAUGGAAGAUUCAACAGGAGGAUCAACUUCCAAGGAGAUGAUAGAUGUGCUGGGGCAGGACACGUUAUGUUCAACGGUUCUUUCUACUGCAACAAGUACAGAUCCCCAAACAUCAUGAAACGUCAGAUAUACCCAACAUUCUGUUGCAAACAAGAAAGACCAAUCACUGAUGCUGGUCACAGUAAUUCCUACCAUUACCAAUGGGGAGGGUACAGCGAUAUCGAUUUUGCGCUUGAUGAAAGAGGAUUAUGGGUAUUAUACUCGACUGCCGAGGCUGCUGCGAAUAUUAUCAUUGGACGCGUAGACCCAGAUACGCUGGAGAUUACAUCAACAUUUACAACAUCUUUUGAUAAACGACGCGCAGCAGAGGCAUUUAUGAUUGAUGGUACCUUAUAUGUAUUGGAUAGAUAUACCUCCCCACGCUAUAUUACUUAUUUCUAUGACACGGAUUAUGCGAGAGGGGGUUACCUUGGAGAUGCUAUUCCAUGGCCUAAUUCAAUGGCCCGAGGUAGACUAACCCAGCUAGCAUAUGUACCUGGGCGCAGUGAGCUAUACGUCUGGGACAACACCCAUCUUCAAACACUACCAAUCAGUCUGACAACUGAUGUUCCUAAAUGGGCACCGUGGUUGACAACUCCCAAAGUGACAACGAGGGUCCCAUUCACUGGAACUUAUAUCACAACAACGAGGCCCUUCACAACAAGAAAGGGUUAUAACACCACUCCCAGAAGGCCAUUUACUACAAGGAGAUAUAACAUAACAACAAGGCCCUUCACAACAAGAGGGUCUUUUAACACUACUAAGAGGCCUUUUACUACAAGGAGGUCUUACACAACAGCAAGACCAUUUACUACACCACCACGAAUUAGUUAUUACACAUGUGCAUGUGAUUUAAGACUGAGGGUGAACUGCACAGAUGUGAACCAACCAGAGUGUAACCUUGGUAUCCCCAUUCAUCCCGUAUCUACGGAAAAUAUUGUUGCUGAAACUGGAUGUAAUGGAUGUUUAAAGGUUGCACGUGAAUGCCCAUCACUCUGUUUUAUGAGGAAUGUGGAAUUCUGGGGCGUUCAGGGUCUGUCACGUGUCAUCACAGAAGACACGCCAUGGGGACCUCGAAACAAGAAACUCGGGCAAGCAUUCUGUGAACGUAUCAACAGCAAUACUUUUCCACCAGGUGGCAGCAUUAUUGCAGCACACAAGAUGUCCGACUGUGAUCUUGAUUUUGUUCACAACAGAUUUGAUGAGAAGUUAUGCUGCAUUAUGAUUGAUAUCCCUGGUGCUGGUGAAAUUCCUGCAUGGGACUUUAACUGUAAUGGGGUCAUAGAAAACUAUGAAGCUGAGAUGGCACAAGAUUCCAUCUCUGCAGCAAAUGCAUGAGUGGAACAAACAGUAAGAAAUCAUAACUCUAUAAUAUGAUAUAAAUCUUUGAAAAUAAAUGAAAUACUUUUUAGAAAUUCA